GUGCCUGCGUGCUUGCUUUUGCAGCGGCCCACACCACUUGUCCUUGGAGCCUUUAUGAACUCCCUUCUGCCCAUCGUCUAGCACGAUCACAAUUCUGGGUGAGGAGGGGAGCCCCGGUUCUCAUAUGAGCAUGAGCUGUUAGCUCUUACUCUAUGAUAAUGCUUGCCACAAAUCCCUUGGGCCUCGCCAGGGAUGUUGAUCUGCACCUGCUGACUCCCCACAGACAAGCGAACCUCCACUACCGGUCUUGGCACUACGCAAGUCUAAUAAAUAUCAAUGCAGAGUUGCAGGCACCGUCCUGAGCGAACUCUUGCACCUUGCGCGCAUCAUGUCUGCUGCUGCCCGUCCGCAUCAUCCGUCAGGUCCAACGCCGCCCUUGAACCAGUCGUGCGAAAAUUGUCGAGCCCUCAAGGUCCGCUGUCUGCCGGAUCCGAAUAUUGCGCAUCAAUGCCAACGUUGCACACGCACCAGGCGAAUCUGUGUCUUUGCGCACACCCUUCGACGCCAGCCUCGAAAAAAGACCGGAUCACGGGUCGCUCAGCUUGAGAAAGACGUCCGCGACCUACGCGCUUUACUCCACGAGCAGAAUGCUCCGAUUCAAAGAUCGGAUUCAGCCGGCGUUGACACCACGGCUCCUACUCGCGCUGCGGCAACAACAACAACAACAGCAACACCCUUUGCAUCCUCCAUUUCCGACUCCGCCCGCUUACAGACUGCGUCGUCAUCUUGUCCUCCUCGCCCGAUCGUGACAAGCCCGGCUGCCAACCCCCCUUCCCAUGUCAGCACCACUAGCUCGACAUUCAUGAGCUCUUCGCCUGGCUCUGCAGAUGUCGUCGACCGUGGUAUCCUCGCUCUGGAGACGGCACAGAUGUUGCUGUCCGUCUUCAUUUCUGAACUCACUCAAUUCUUUCCGGUGGUUGUCCUUCCAGGAGACACCAGUGCCGACUUCCUGCGCAGGACGAAGCCAAUGCUGUUCCUGUCCAUCAUCGCAGCAGCGUCGCUAACGCUUGAAACACCGCACGCGACCGUCUUACAUGAAGAACUUCUCGCUGGCUUUGCGACACGAUUCUUUCUAAGGCAGGAAAAGUCACUGGAUCUGGUACAAGCCCUCCUCGUAAUGCUUAUCUACUACCUCCCUCCCAAAUCAGCCAUGCAUGGGCAGUAUUAUCAAUACACGCAUAUCGCAACCACUAUGGCACUAGAGCUUGGGAUUGCAGCCGGUGCCGUUGGUCGCAAAACCCAGCGCUGCCAUGCGGGUGAGGGGGAAUUGCCCCCAUCAGUACAUAGUGACCAGGCCCGGGCCGUCCUCGGCUGCUAUCAUUUCGCAUCAAAUGUUAGCAUGCAGACACGUCGACCGAACAUGCUCUGUCACAAUGCUGUUAUCGGCGGUUAUAUCAGGCAUCUUAGUGUCUCGACCAGUGCUUUGGACCAGCAACUGGCAGCAUGGUUCGGGCUGCAGCGGAUCAUGGAUGAGACACUGGCUGCUGCAGGUCAUGACAACACUCUGACCGACACUCCUAUGUUGGAAUCGCAGAUGUUGCCGAUCCUCAAGUGGUUCGACACUCGCAUGAUGCAGUGGAAGAUGUCGAUUCCGAAGGAUAUGUUCACGACUUGGAUGAAUCUUGAAUACCACUACCUUUACCUUGCGAUUCACGAACAAGCCGCGGGCGAGGGCUACCGCGACCCCGACGCAGCAACCCGCAGGUAUUACACACUCCCCCCUCUCGAGGGCGACACAGAGCGACACAGGGCCAAUGUGCCGGUCAGCGCGGCGCGGGUACAGAUAAUCACAAAAUGGGUACUCUCUGCCCAGCAGCUCCUCGACGUCUUCCUGCAAUGCGACAUUCCGACCAUGCGCAAGCUACCAAACAUGACCUACACGCGGAUGAUCUUGGGGGUUUCCUCCCUUCUGCGUAUCUACUACAUGACCCAGCUCGGCCCUCUAAGUGAGGUCAUCACUCCGCAGAUGAUCAACGUCGACGAAUACCUGGAUCGCCUAUCGCAGGCCCUGUCGGAAGCCUGCGAGAACCAGAAAUUCCGCGUCCCGAGCAAAUGGUACCACGUCGUAGCCGUCAAGAACCGCGAGUGGUACGAACAGCUACAACGACGGCUGGCGGGCUAUUCCUCCGAGGAUCCCUCGUAUCUGCGCGGGAUCUUCCCGCCCCCGACCUCCACGGCAGGUGUGCCCGGCGCACAGCCGCCUGGCAUGUUGCCCUCGCUGGUUCCCGGUGGAGGCCCGGCUUACAUGGAGUCAUGGUAUGCGGACGACCCAGCAGGGAGGGCGGAUGGUGUGAGGGAGAUACCGGCGGCGCCGAUGAUGUAUCUCUCCUCGAUGCAGCCGGUGCCGGGGACCGUCGAGGCCGGUGGGCACUUCGCACCUCCUGCGGGCCACGCCGGGUGGCGCUUGGAUGAGCCGCUGCCCGAUCUGUCGUUCCCGUAUUAA